GGAUGCAUGCCAGGUCAGCUCUGCUUGGGGGCAUCUCCUGCGUCCUGCCAAUGAGGAUGGGCGUGCAGACUGUGCCCGGGAGCUGAGCCGCCGCCUGCUGGGUAGCUCCUUAACCAGAAAUAUCUCUGACCAUCCACUUGGCAAAAACCUGCAGGCCAUGAGGACCGGCCAACAACAGAACAAAGGCAUGAGGACUCGACUGGGAUGCCUGUCGCACAAAUCGGACUCCUGUAGUGACUUCACAGCCAUCCUUCCGGACAAACCCAACCGCGCUCUCAAGAGACUCUCCACAGAAGAAGCGACGAGGUGGGCAGAUUCCUUCGAUGUGCUUCUCUCUCACAAGUAUGGGGUGGCAGCCUUCCGUGCCUUCCUGAAGACAGAGUUCAGCGAGGAGAACCUGGAGUUCUGGCUGGCCUGUGAGGAGUUCAAGAAGACCAGGUCGACUGCAAAGCUAGUCACCAAGGCCCACAGGAUCUUUGAGGAGUUUGUGGAUGUGCAGGCUCCACGGGAGGUGAAUAUCGAUUUCCAGACCCGAGAGGCCACGAGGAAGAACAUGCAGGAGCCAUCCCUGACUUGUUUUGAUCAAGCCCAGGGAAAAGUCCACAGCCUCAUGGAGAAAGACUCUUAUCCUAGGUUCCUGAGGUCCAAAAUGUACUUAGAUCUGCUGUCCCAAAGCCAGAGGAGGCUCAGCUAGACCUCAGAUGGGGACUCUUGAAAGUCACUGGCUUUCCUUUCCCCUUGCUGCCGAGACCACAUUCUAACGUGAAGUGUCAUAGAUAUCCAAAGGCGCUGGGGUUUGGGGUGGAAGGCUGGGGGGUGACAAGGGAAUGAAGGGCUUUUCCAAAGUAUGACCCAGCUACUGGAGCCAGGACUCUCUUCCUUCUACCCAGACUUGCGUUUUGGUUAGAGGCAGCACUGCUGCUGUCACCCUUCUCUGGGUGGGCCAGUAACUGGCCCUACAUAAUGCCUUCCGUCAUCUCUACUGAGAAGGCAGAUUCACUGUGCCGGGCUAAUUUGUAAAUAGUGCAAACGCAGUUCCCAUCACCUCCACACCACACCCUCUUCAGUAGGACUCCUGACCUUCACCUUGUCCUUUCCCCAAGGGAGGAGUACCUAGACGCCACAGAUUCUCAGUCAUGAUGGAUUGUCACACCCCAGUGGCCCAACCUGAGUGAGUACCGGGACCUCAGAGUUUAGAAGAGAGGUCUCUUUGGAAUUCAGUUCCCUAGCAAUGUUGACGGGUAACCUCUGACAAAGGACAUAUUCCCUGGAGUUGGCUGUGUCUUCCGUUUCCACCGGACCAAGAUGGAGUCUGAGAUCUCUUUUUAGACUGAGGAAUUCACUGAACUUCCGUACACUUGCAAUUCCAGAAAGUGUCUUGGUAGAUUUCUCCCAUGGCUUCUGAGCAGAGCUGUCCUUUUUGAAAGAUAAGAGUCUUCUUCAAUUCUAUUAAGAACUUUUCUAGAAGCUGAGUGACCAGGGAAUGUAGCAUCAGUAGACUUUUGUGCAAUGCAGCUCCAUAUAACCUGUCUGUUGCCUAAUGUAUUCCAUGCCCUCACCUCCCCAUGGCAUCACAUAGCACUGAUCUCUUAGGAUGAAAGACGGCUUGGCAGAGGGAGGUAAAUUCCCAUAGCAUGACAGCUUUUUUAGUGCCUGAUGCUUUCCCUGUCUCUCCACCUCCUCCUUCCAUGCCGGCCAUGUAACUCUGAUGGGGGAGACUGGGUUCCUAGGCUGACACUCUCAUUGCAGCUUGCUUCCUGGACAUACUUUCUUAGAAAGGGUCCACUUUUGGUGUCGAGAAAUAGCUGCCUUCUUGGUCUCUAGCCUUUGGGACUGACCUUGGAAGAUCACUGUGAAUACCAGGCUAUGGAAAUUCUCCUGCAAUGCUUGUGCGGUGCCCCAGGGGAACUCUUGGAAAUGCACCACGAUAUUCUUUCUUAGAGGAGACAGGAACAUCAUGGAACCUCUACAGCUACCCAGGAGAAAGCUGUCCCUGCCAUCUCCUGCAGGGACAGGAAGAUGAUGAAUCUUCAGCACAGAGAGCAGAAGAUGGAAGACGAAUCUAGAAGCUGCUGGUCUCUGGGUGAACCGAGGAUGUGGUGAAGACGCUGCUAUGACAAUUUACAACCAGUCAACGUGGGCUCAUUCAAGAGCCGUAAACGUUCAGCUUGAGUGAAUAAAAAAGUCUGUGGCCAGGCUGCCCUAGAAAGCCGGUGGUGGAAGGCUGGGCUGACACUCUCCUUUUGUGGGGUGCUAGCCCUUCUGAAGUAUUCUAGGGUUUGUAUUCUGGUCUUGGGGAAUCAGUUCCUUCCUUGGUUGUAGCCAGACAAGGCCAAGAAGGCCCUUGAGUCCUACUGUGUUAGUGCCAACUGCCCUCCAAGUGUCACACUGUCAUCUGUGAGUGGGCGUUAGUGUCUGGAUGCGAACCAGAGAGAGAACAUCUACUUUCUAGGCCUCACACUGAAGGGACCUGUGGCAGUCACAUUUAAUAAGACCUCUGAAGCUUCAAAUGGUGUUCCUAGUUAGAGCACAUAGAUUUUUUUCCCCACCCUCAUAUAAAAAUAUUCUUAGCUAAAGCUGCCAGAAUCAAUGUAAAGAUUAAAUUCUCUCACAGGGUAUUUUUUAAACAUUGUUUACAUAUGAAAUGUGCAUCUGCUGCCAAUGCUACUGCCCACUCUGAGGUGCGUGACACUGGGCCUGCAGCGAUGGAAUCGUCCUAGAAGGGCCUUCUCACCAUUGGCACUAUCCCGAUUCAAAAUGGCUCCACCCGAGAGGUGCGGCACCCUCACUUGGGGCCUAGAGUUCAGCUCUUGAUGGGAUGAAGGCUGCAGAAGGUGAUGGUGACUCCUUUCCGCGUGGGAGGUAUGAAGGACCAAGUUGGAGUAUCCUGAGUUCUGUAGCUAGACGAGGACAUGUGAGUUUGUGUCUGUGUCGAGGAGCAGAGAGCUCUAUGGGACUCCUGUGGAGCAUCUGGCGCGCGCGCGCACGCGCGCGUGUGUGUGUGUGUGUGUGUGUGUGUGUGUGUGUGUGUGUGUGUGUGUUUGGUUGUGAACUGUGAGUCUUGGGCAGUACACCACAGACAUGCUCUUCCCGUGUAAGUAGCUUUUCACAUACCCUAUCUCCCCUGCUUCUCAUAGAAGGUGCAGGGCUUCUAGCCCUGGUACCUCCUCUUAGGCACUUUAGUCAUGCUAGCCCAGAUUCUGGUGUGUGGUGAAACAGAGAAAUGUUUACAACAUCUAGAGCAAUAUCCAAGCAUACCUCAUCUCCGAGCUUCCGUGUCCCCCAGUUCCCUCCCCUCGUCUCUUCCGCUACAAGCCUCAUCUGCCUCACCAGGUCGUCAUCAGAGAUGCCACUGCUUCCAUUUAAUGUCUUCCUUUGCUCCAGUCAUGCAAGUGUGCUGACGACUGGCCCCGGACUCAGGCCAGCCCAGGCAGCAGGACACAGAGCCGUGGCUUUCCAUCCCCGAACGGCCUAUUGGUCCCACUGGAAUGUUGACUUGCUUUGGGUCUGGUGUGUGGUUUGCUGUUGCUCUCGUGGGCUGACUAGAUCUCAGUCAUCGACAACUGGAGCAUCCUGGGUUGAAAGGGGAGUGAUACUCUGAAGCAGCAUUUAUUGUUGAGCGUGAGCAUGGAUCAUAGGGACCACCUUGAGAGCCUCUCACAAAUGCUAAUUCCCAGCUUCCACACCCGGAGGAGGUGCUGAUCCUGAAGACCUAGGCAAGGGACUUAUAAAGCAACAUUGAACAAAAGAAUGAAGUUCCUGGAUAUGGAAUGGCCUGCAGGCAUUGGACAAAGAAGGCCCAAGAUUGGGUUCUCAACCUCGCCACUCACUAGGCUUGCCAGGGGGAGCAGAAAAACAAUCAAUCAAUCAAACAACAACAACAAAACAGUUCAGUUUCUACCAUAGAGUAGCUAAGUCGGAGAGGCUCAGAGGGAGUAGUAGUUUUUUAUAAUGUCCCACUAGUGGCGCCAAUGUGCAGAUGUGGACUGGAAGCAGCAGCCUAAGCAACAAAGAGGAACAGAACUGAGUAAAACAGGACCCGCCAACCCACCUGGAUGACAAAAGCCUAAUAUUAAGCCAAGGAUGCCCUGCCCUUUCUGCAGCUGACUCUCACGGUGGUUGCUUCGUGCCUCUCGGUCUCACUGGCUCCUUUGAGGUCAUGCCUGGGUUCAGGCUAAAUGAAGUAGUCAAAGUCAGGGAGCAUCAAGGGCACUUGACUGAGAACUGGUUUGCCAGGCUUCCCCGGCCUUUACCAUAGUGCUUCCUCCAGGCCUGCACCAUGAACUCUAUCUCCCUUUGUCUUCAUAUACUCUUGUGUUUGGCCAUUGUAUGUCAGGCUGUGCCCCUGUACCCAAGGUCACGCAGUAGAGUAGCUGGAACAUUGCUAGUGAGUGAAGAGUGUCUCGUUAGUGACGGUCAUGGUACAACAGCUUCCAAACCUCUCUGAGGAGGGUGCCCCUUCCUGGAGAGGAUCAAAUCUGGGAGGAUUUUCCAAGACUACAGUGCAACACGGAUCCCUGCUUCAAACCCUCGUUAAUUUUUCUGACCCUGUGUUGGAUAGGCAGCAAGGAAGCUGCAAGCGGGCUCUAUUUUCUGGUGCUUUCCCCAGAACUGGCUGCUCUGAGAAACCAAAGCUGUGAACAGAAGAAUGAUCUGCCCAGAUGUUUGUCCUGGACAGGUCUACACGCCCUGGACCAUAGAGAAGCUCUCUCUGCUGGGAGGGGAAGGCAUGAGAACUGGGGGAGGGUGGGCAAGUUGGGGGAAGCAUGAGGAAGAAGGGGCAAGGCAGAAGAGACCCUCCCCCCAGCUGCCAGCAUGACAGCUGCUUCUCUGUGUCCCAGAGGGAAAGGUGAGGGGGGGCACACUCAUAGGCAGGAUGGUCUUCUAGCAAGAACCCCAGAACUCCAUUGACCCUGAAGAGGAACUGUGGUUUUCUACCCUUACCUUCAGUCUGCCAAAUGUUAGCUUUCCUGAGAUCCAUCCCCUUCCAGUUAACAACAAGAGAGGUGGUACCAAUAUUCCUGGCGCUGGGCGUCUGUGCCACCGUGUCAAUUGGCACGAGACAAGGAGGGAGAGGCCAAGAGGAGAGAUGGCUUUCUGUCCCCAUAGCUUCUCAAGGACCCUACAGGAUGCUGUGGGACACAAUGAGAUACGUCAGGACAGGACUACGGGCCUCGCCAGGUUUGGAGUUUGGGUCCUCUCAAUAAACUGUCUAUUUCUUGAACUUAACCCCUCCACUCCUUCCCCUCUGUCAGGUUAGGAAACGGCGAGUAGGCCCCAUACGUGUCCCGACCACAGUAGCCUUAGCGGGUCACUCACGGAGCACAACAGAGUUAUAGCAGCUCAUCCGCCAUAUAAACCGCUUGGCCGACCGAGUCCUCACUGAAUUCUUUCAUUACCAUGUAAAGCGAAAUACAUUCACCUUUACUAUACACAGGCUGUGAGAACAUAAUAAACAAAACCUGAACGAGCUGCCCUUCGCUCUCUGCCCA